UUUUUUAUGUGUAGCGAAACACAGGACACGAGCUCCAUUUUCUGAUUUGAAGAAGCUCCCCCCCGCUCCCCCUCUCUUGCUCUACGAGCAUCAAAUAUCAAUGGCCACUGGUUUGCUCCGGCGAGUGAUAAUUAGAGUUCCGGCGACGGUGCAGGGGGCGAGAAUAAGCCUGAACCGGGCACACGCGUCGGAAGCCUCGGUCCAGCAGGAGGAGCCUCAGGCGAAGCAUACCAGCAACCCGAAAACCUUCCAAAUUUACCGGUGGACCCCGGACAACCCGCAGAAGCCUGAGCUGCAGAAUUUCGAGAUUGAUCUCAAGGAGUGCGGCCCUAUGGUUUUGGACGCCCUAAUCAAGAUCAAGAACGAGAUCGACCCGACCCUGACCUUCCGCCGCUCCUGUCGUGAGGGAAUCUGCGGUUCGUGCGCUAUGAACAUCGACGGUAGAAAUGGGCUUGCUUGCUUGACCAAGAUCCCAUCUGGGCCGUCAACUAUGAUUAACCCCCUGCCACACAUGUUUGUGAUUAAGGAUCUUGUGGUUGAUAUGACCAAUUUUUACAACCAGUAUAAGUCGAUUGAACCGUGGCUGAAGAGGAAGAGUCCACCGGAGACGCCAGGGAAGGAGAUUUUGCAGAGCAAGGAGGAUAGGAAGAAGCUUGAUGGUAUGUAUGAAUGCAUUCUGUGCGCCUGUUGUAGUACAUCCUGUCCUAGCUACUGGUGGAAUCCUGAGUCUUAUCUUGGCCCGGCCGCCCUUCUCCAUGCCAAUAGAUGGAUAAUGGACAGCCGUGAUGAGUACACAAAGGAGCGCCUAGAUGCUGUAAACGAUGAGUUCAAACUCUAUCGCUGCCAUACUAUUUUGAAUUGUGCUAAAGCUUGCCCGAAGGGACUGAAUCCCGGACUGCAAAUUCAGAACAUCAAGAAACUCGAGCUUACAAGUUAACAAGUUCCUCAGAAGUAUGGAAAUGCGCACAGCUUUGGGCACGGAUUAUUAUUUAGGACAGAUUGAAUAUUAACUUUCUAAGAUCCUUUUGGUGUACCUCAAGAAGCAGGUAUAGUUUCAAUAAUAAUGUUAGCUGAGCUUACUUUUCCAAAUUUUGGGUAGACGGCGUUACAUAGUAAUGAUAAAAACAUGCCAUCCUUUAUGUGAUAAUAUGCUGUAUGGACAUGAUUGUGUGUAGUAAUUUUUCCUUGAGAUUAGUUGGCAGAGAUUCCUAUCGUUAAGACUUGACUUGGGCCGACACAGCGAUUGCUGGAAAAUUUCAGUUUGUAUGUGAUUUAUUCCUUUCAUUCA